AUAACGGAUGGUUCUCUAACCUUUCGCCUCAAAUUGAAUCUUUAUUACAUUCUUUAAUUAAUCAAAUAUAAUUCUCGCCAAUUCCCGAUUUACAGACACACAGCAUAAUCAUGGAACAACCGAGUCCACCUCAGGACCCGAACCCUCCUGACACAGCUCCACCUCCAGCUCCCCCUUCACAACAGCAACAACCACCACCACCAAAACAGCCCGAGUCGGAGGCAGCGGCAGCAGCAGCACCCCCACUACCACCAACUACGCCGACUGCAACAGCGGCCACACCACUACCUGCAACAGCAGCACCAAAACCAUCGAUACCACCGUCGGCGGCAGCAGCCGCUUAUCUCCCUCCUUUCAAAAGCAAGAAAAGACCACUUGACAGUAAUGUCCAGCUUCAAGACUGUACCUACUUCAAGAUUCGUGCUGUUCUCAAAGAUAUUCGUCCCCAUUUACUCGAGGUGCUUCGAACAGUGGACUUCCGCAAUUGCAAAGGCGCUGAUGAACUUCGACAGAGGUUGAAGCUUCUGAUGGAACUAUACAAAGAAUUGACUGCUGAAGCAUUCAUCACAAAGAAGCCUAAGAAUGAACCAGGAGGGCAGCAUUUGUCAAGUGAAAAUGGAGCUGCAGAAAAACCCCAGAAGCAGCUCCAAGAUGUUAAGCCGACAGAACAGCUUCAAUCUGAUCAUGUAUUUGCAAAACCAUCUGAAAAGGAAGCUAUACAUCUUGAGGAGCAAUCAUGUUAUAUUGGAGGAUCUGCAUUUGGCUGGAACUUUAUCACUUUUCCAGGCAGUAAACCUGUUUUCUAUGGGAGAACAAAGGAAGCGUUCCGAGCUGCUCAAGAUGCUUCAUAGGAUAUCAUCAAUGGCCUGCCUAUCUCUGUGUAUCUCUCUCUCUAAUGUUGUUACUUGAAGGGACAGAAUGCAUAGACGGAAUGCAUAGACAGAAUACUCUGGUCCUCACCAAUUAAUCUGUGCAAUGAGAUUUUAAAUUUAGGAGUUUUAGCUUUGUGAUUCUCUGUUGGAAUGGUUAUGGAAUAUGCAAGAUUCCAAAAGAAAUUUGCUGAUGAAAUCCCCCUUUUGGUGUUGUAUA